AUGAACGAACACGCCUCUUGUUCUGCUCGUGUCUCGGUACUUGAAAUCCCACCAUCUUCGUCCUUGCAGAUCGACCUCGAGAUUACCAUGGCUCACGAUUUCCCGCCAUUGAAGAAUGACCUCAUCUUGAGGACGGCUUGGGGCCAAGAUGUCGAGCGCGCUCCCAUCUGGAUCAUGAGGCAGGCUGGCCGAUACCUGCCCGAGUACCAUGAGGCAAAGGGAACCCGGGACUUCUUCGAAUGUUGUCGCGACCCCGAGGUCGCCUCGACCUUGACCCUGCAGCCCAUUGAGCGAUUCGCCGGCCUUCUCGAUGCCUCCAUUAUAUUCUCUGAUAUCCUGGUGAUACCGCAGGCCAUGGGCAUGCACGUAGAAAUGGUUGACAAGAAGGGUCCACACUUCCCUCAACCACUGACCUCGCCAGAUGAUGGCCAGUAUGACCAGGUUCUAAAGAAGAAUGUCGAUGUCGCAUCCGAGUUGGACUAUGUCUACAAGGCUAUCACUCUGACCAGAAAGAAGUUGGACGGAAGGGUUCCUUUGAUUGGCUUCUGUGGUGCUCCCUGGACCUUGCUGUGCUACAUGGUUGGCAACGAUUCAAAGACAAACAAGGAGAGCAAGACUUGGAUUUACAAGUACGCAGAAGCUUCGAGGGCCAUGUUGCAAAAGAUCUCUGAGGUUUGCGUCGAGUACCUUGCUCUGCAAGUCAAGGCUGGAGCUCAGCUGAUCCAAGUAUUUGACUCGAAUGCUGGCGAGCUUUCACCCUCUGCCUUCAAGGUCUUCAGCGAGCCUUACCUAGCAUAUAUCGCCAAGCACCUCCCCCUCAGACUCAAGGAGAUGGGCUUGGAACGUGUGCCCAUGAUUGUAUUCCCCAAGGGUGCCACUGCGAUGCUCGACUCGGCUUGCAAUCUGGGCUAUAACGUUGUCGGACUGGAUUGGUGUACAGAUCCCGCCGAUGCUGUCAAGAUCCGUGGUGAUCGCCCCAUCGUUUUCCAGGGCAACGCCGACCCCGCCAUUCUAUACGGAACACACGAGAACAUCACAGCAACCGUUGAGCACAUGGUGAAGGGAUUCGGUGGCGGCAAAAAGGGAUGGAUCGCCAACCUUGGCCAUGGAAUAACACCAUGGGUCAAGCCCGAUGAUCUCAAAUUCUAUCUUUCAGAAGUCAAGCGUCUAUCCAGUGCAUGA